CUGAGGCUGAGGCCGAGGUGGAGGCGGCUGCCACCGUGCCUAGUGAAGCUGGUCAAGAGCAACGCCGACUUGUCCGAAUGGCAUCGUCAGGGAUGGUGGCUUUCCUUGGCACCCUCCCGUGAGUUACCCACCCGAGGUGGAAUGGAGUGCCUGAACGGUAGCUUCCGCUGUCGAAUGCUACGACUGGUGUAUACUGCUGCAGUCCGUGACCACAUGGGUACCUACUUAGUACCUACUCAAGUAGGCAGGUAGGCAGGUAGGCAGGCAGUCUCGAAGGGGGACGGGAAUCGGGGACUGCCUCUCCCGCCGUGUCUGUCAGCGGAGGGGAGGAAGCAACAAGGUGCGAGCAUCUCGGAUUGCAAAGCACACACACAAUAGGAGGAGGCGAUACUGCUUAUCAGGCGAGGUGGAAAUCUGGGCUGGAAUGUGUGGGCUCUGCCGGGCCUUUUCUUGAUCUGUCAGGAGACCGUGUCGGGCGUCGAGAUUCGGCCCAGGGCAAAAGGUCGAGGUCGUCGGCCCAGCAGCUCUUCUUUUCCCCUGGCCAGCUCGUACGUCCGUCUCUUCCUCGCAGGUGGACGCCAGCCAACGCUGCUGCUGUUGCUGCGCACGCACGCACGCACACUUGGGUGCAAGCCCUCCCGCCGUCUCCGUCUCCCACCGUCUCACGCUCCUCUCACUCCACCCGUCCCUUCUGGUCCUCUGUCAAUCCCAUUUCCAAAAACACCAACCCUUUUUUCUCCCCCUCCCCAUUUUGACAACGUGACCUCCACGCUUGUCAUUCACCCACCCGUCACCACUGCCACCGCCGCUCCACCAGACCACGACCCUGUGAGACAAGAGCUGCAGCUGCGGUGAUUGCCCAAGAGAAACCCGCGCUGCACAGUGCUGCUGCACCCAGCUUGCCUGUCCGGCCUCCCCACGGCCUCUCAGCGACAGCACCCAAUUCAUCAAUUUACUUAUCCCACACGGCGUGGUCGUUUCACCCCAUAACACAAGCUUCGUCUUAGUCACCUAAACUGCUGUCCUGGCCCGUCCUGGCCUGGCCAUCUCUGGCUGUCCCGUCGGUCUGAUCUGCAGUGGUAGGCAGGGCCUGUUGUUGCGGAUACAAAAGGUCUUUCUUAUGUGGACUUUGUCGCGCGCUAGGAUCCUGGCCACACCACCUUAAUUAUCCGCGUCCAUUGCUCUCCUCCUGUUUGGACCUCACCUCACCCAAACCCGCAGAGCUCGCCUCACCCGCCUCCUUCACCCGCAAUACAACAUCGAGCGACGCGUCAAUUCCAUCAAACCGCCCGCAUCUGCUUACAUCUACUCAUUUCUUCCACCCCCGUCGCGUCUUUUCAAAGUCACGCCUCGGGAUGGCCGGCCUCCUCGCUGAGACGGCUCGCGCUGACCUGCUGCCUCUCCCUACCCCCGAGCCUGCGCUGGUCCCUGACUCCGUUGAGCUUCCUCCCCUCCCCUCCGAGUCGAGCUUCCAGUUCUCCGGCUUCCCUACCGAUGCAUCUUCCAACAACGCGUCGUUUACCUCCACCCCCCCAACUACCGUUGCCGAUGCCGCCAGCGUCGCCUCUGACACGUCCAAACACGACAUCGCCGCCACCAUACACGCUCUCGACGCCCCUGCAGCAUCCACCCCCGUCACCGGCUCUGCUGAGCCUGCCGAUCAUGCUGCUCCCACCGUCGAGUCCACGGAGCCCGCAGGCUCCACAGAGCCCGCAAGACCUACAGAACACUCCCACCGCAUUGAGGUCAUCGAGCAGACCGUCCAAGUUGCUACCCGCCAAUUACCCCAAUUAGGCCAACAGACCCCAGAGACGUCCACACCAGAGGCCGACAACGGGGCACCCACUCCAAGACGCGCUCGGUCCGCGCGUGCGGCUGCGCAAGCCCCAGUCUACAACCUAGCCAAACUUGCAGGCACCGACGUCCACGGAAAGAGACGCGCAAAUGGAGACUCCGUCAGGGACAAGCGCAGGAAGACCAUCUCGGGCGACACAUUGGUUACAGGUCAUGGCACAGCCGCGAACGCUAGUCUCGACAGCAUUGUCCAGCGUGGUGUCGACGCGUUGGAUAUGAACUGGUCUCUAUCUGCCCCAACCUCCCCUUCGACCGCACACGACGGCAACGCCCCGGUCAAGUCUGCCGCAAUCAACAAGAAGCAGAAGGCCAAGGUUGUUCCCGCAAAACGGAUAUCCACACGUGCUUCGGGGGCGGCUGCUGCCGAUGCGGUCAUCACGAAGGCUGCCUCAGCUGGCAAGCGGGGACGGAAAAUGCUCCAAAACGCCCGCAUACCUCGCGAGCUCAGAAGGCUGCAGGACACAAACGAAUUCAUCGGGGUCGAGGCAAAGCCAGUGCUCCAUACCAUCUGGAGCAAUGGCAAGUAUGUUGACCCCAACGAACUGGACGUCAACGGCGAGCCACUGCGAAAGAAGGCCAAGAAGGAGCGUGCAUCGACUAAGCCCGAGGCUGAGGCCGAGGCUGAAGCUUCCAAGGAAGAGACCCCCACAGUUGCGCCCAAGCAGAAGCGCGUCAAAAAGUGGCUGGAUAAGGGCCUGUAUGCAGGUCAACCCGCCCCGCUGGACCACACCAAGGGAAUGAGUGCUGCUGAGAAGAAGAAGCUUGUGCAGCUUCCAGAGCUCGCCCCUACCGGGAAUGUCAACAAGACAUUUCCACUGCCCAUGUUCGCGGGCCUGAGAAUCCUGCUUAAUGGUCGGGAUUUCAAGCUGCCGUUCGACGUCUGCAACCCGCUGCCACCUGGGCAGCCGAAACCGGACGAGUGGCGCAAGAUGACCAAGAAUCGAUUUGUAGGGGACGCCGGCACGUACUGGCGGAAGACGGACCAUUUCAAGGACUACCAGUCAAAAUGUAUCUGCAAGCCCGAGGAUGGAUGCACUGAAGACUGUCAGAAUCGCAUCAUGUUGUACGAGUGCGAUGACACGAACUGUAACGCUGGCAAGGAAUACUGCCACAACCGCGCUUUCCAGAACUUGACUGCGCGCACCAAGAAAGGCGGGCGAUACCGCGUUGGUGUAGAGGUUGUCAAGACGACUGAUCGCGGCUACGGUGUGAGAAGCAACCGAUGUUUUGAGCCGAACCAGAUCAUCAUGGAGUACACCGGCGAGAUCAUUACACAGGCGGAAUGUGAGACUCGAAUGAACGAGAAGUACAAAGACAAUGAGUGCUACUACCUCAUGGCGUUUGAUCAGAACAUGAUCAUCGAUGCGACAACUGGCAGCAUCGCUCGAUUUGUAAACCACUCAUGCGCACCAAAUUGCCGCAUGGAGAAGUGGAUCGUUCAUGGGCAGCCACGCAUGGCGCUUUUUGCGGGCCCGCGUCCCAUCAUGACUGGGGACGAGUUGACGUACGACUACAACUUUGAUCCUUUCUCGGCCAAGAAUGUACAGAAGUGUCUUUGCGGCAGCGAGAACUGCCGUGGUGUUCUGGGCCCCAAGGCCCCUACGAUGUCUCGCGGCGAGGCGCUGGCUAAGGGUGUCAAGGAGACCGUCAAAGCCGCAGCCAAGGCCGGAAAGCGCAAGCUAACGGCACUACUCGACGGUGACGCAGACUCGGGCGCUCCCAACAAGAAGCGCAAGGUGGUCAAGGCCACUGGUGCCAAACGCUCCUUGAGCGCAAAGGCUGCAGCUGCUGUCAAGAAAACCGCCAAUAGCAUCUCUGUCAAUGCGAAGGCGGCUCUCUCGACCUCAUCGGCACGACCAAAGACUCCAGCCAAGACGGUAUCCGUCCGCAAAUCGACCCUCGUCAAGGCGUCCAGGACGUACACCAAAAACGGCAGAGAGUUGCUCCUUGCUGCGAGCCUGACCUCGGGCGCUGCUACGGUUGUGGCCACGCCAGCGGCUGGUAAGGGUACAGGCCGUGGCCGGAAGAAGGGUACCCUCGCAAAGGGCUCAGCGGCCAAAGCCAAAGCCACCAUCACCAGCGCUGCCGGGAGGGGUCACAUGAAGAGCACGAUCAAGAGUGCGAAGCACACCAUCAACAAGACCACCGGCAAGAAGACCACCACCACGAAGACGGUCAAGGCGAGACAAAUUGCCAAGAAGAGCAUCCUGGAGGAUGCCGAGGACGGCAAAGCCAUGAAGAGACCUGCCAAGUUGGAACGAGCAUCCACCGCCGAAGCUGGUUCAAUCAGUGUCAAGGGGCCCCGGAAGGCGCUCGAGCUGUCCCGUACGCAGAAUAAGAUCCGCGUGGUGACAGACCCUGAGUAGACCUGACACAGCUCGUAUAGGAGGAGGCCUGACAUGAAAUGGACUGUAACCAGUUUCACGGGAUGUAGCGUGUCCUGGCGAAUUUUUUUUCCAUCCAGAUGGAAUGGGUUCUCAGUCUCGGUUCUGCCCCUUUGACAGGGUAGGAUAGGAUGAAGGAGAGGGAGGAAGACACCUUGGGGCAGAGGCGGCCCAUGUAAGAGUAUGAGACACGUUGAGGGUACACGAGGAGCAAGGGACCACCAGCAUUGCAUGGCAAACGUUAUUUUACAAACAUAUUUUGCUUGCUACGCCGAGGGCUGGGCUGUUGCGCCUGAUGAGGAUCUGCCGGCCUGGAAGGAGAAAGGGCCACUGUCUUCAACCUCAGGGCUCUUGUGCUUACCGUGGGCGUCACCAUCUCCUGAAGGGGCGUCUACCCGGAGCAGUGAAAUUCCUCUUUGCAGCACGCAGCAGGAGAAACAAAUAAUAUGAUGGUUUAGCUUCAUUACUCCCUGGCCCCGGUGACAGGCAUUAUCUGCGCGCGAACACGGCCCACGCCGUCUCACGAGGCUUAAGGCUCUGCGCAUCCGCACUUUUCCCGCAGACCGGCCUGCUUAUACGAGGGAGCCUGGGGAGUACCGUGUCAACCGAGUCCUUGUUUUGGACGGGGCGCAGCGCUUGGCUUCGGCAGGACUUGGGCGCGGUGGCUCCGGGGGAGAAGUAGGCUCUCUCGAGAGGGGAUUAACCGAUGAGGCUCUUGUUCUUCACCAUAGUGAGUGAGUGAGGCUCUGAGGCUCUAGGGGGCUGUGAUGCCCAACCUCGCGUCGCCAUGCAGGGCUGACAUAAGACCCGCCUGAACGGAAACUUGGGGUUCGUCGGGCAGAGGUGCAUCUGCAGCGGAUAGAUUGAAGGGAGGAUUCGU